GAGACCAGCUCACAGUGAGAUACAAACUGUCUCGACACUUUACUUCCUGGCGUUCCCGCAAAUCAAGCUAAGAAACCCCACCCUCACAUGCUCUCCCUCCUUCUCUCUCUAACCUUCUUCCCAACAAAAAGAGAGUCUCAGGAUCCAAAGCUGCCCAUCAUCGUCAUCAUCAUCCUAAGGCAGGAGGGGCUGUUGGCUCUUUGUAAUAAACAAAUACUGAGCAGCUAGCCACCGCCCCCUGCAACAGAAACAAAGACGCUUCCUCCACCCUCAUAUCAUCCCAUCGAUCGAUUCAAUGGAGGAGGAGUAACUGAAGGAGGAGGAAGUGCAGAGGUAGAAGAAAUGAUCGGACCCUUCUCCCCGACGUGCUUCAGCGCACCAGACGCCGAGCCCACCACGUCUAACAGCAAGAAUAUGAACAAGUCGCAGAACCUCAUCACCUGUAUCUACCACCUCCAGCAGCAGGAUGGCAGCAGCGGCGGGGGGCAGCAGAACCACCCUUCCCUUCUCACUCUCACCUGGUCCAAGACCCUGCUCGGCCAUUCUCUUACGGUCCACCUCGACGGCUCCGCCUUCACCAUCGACAUUUCCCCUCCUUCUCCUCUCCGGCUCUUCCGCCCCAAGCGCGGGUCCAAGCCUCUCGCCCAUGCCAACCUCUUCUGGAGCUUCGCGCGAGCCCGAUUCGACCACGGUCCCGAGCCCACCCGCAACUUCUACCUCUGUGUCGUCACCGCCGGAAGGGCCGCGCUCCUGCUCGGCGACAUGCCCGAUGAGGCGCUCCGCCACGCCGAGGUGGCGGACCUUCCCGACCCCUCCCCUUCCGCUCUCGUCUCCCGGCGGGAACACGUGUUCGGCCGGCGGAAUUACGCCACCACCGCCCGAUUCGGCGGGACAGGCCGCGAGCACGAGAUCGGCAUAGAAUGCAGCGGCGGGGAGGGGAAAGAGGCGAAGCUGGUGGUGCGGGUGGACGGGAAAUCGGUGUUGGCGGUGAAGAAGCUGGCGUGGAAGUUUCGGGGGAACCAGAGGGUGGUCGUCGACGGGUCGACGGUGGAGAUAUUCUGGGACGUCUACAAUUGGCUCUUCAACGGUGGUGGUCACGCCGUCUUUAUCUUUCAGGCCGGGGGCGGCAGCGGCGGCGGGGUGGCACUGGGAGGGGUGUGGCCGGAGUUGGUGGUGAAGGGGCCGGAGAAGAAGCUGCUGAGAAAGAGCGUGUCCUCGAGGUCCACGGAGUCGGCGAGCUCGGUGUUGCAGUGGGCUGGGAGCUUCAGUGAGUCGAGCAACCAGAGUUGGGGCAGCCCAAACUCCGGCUUCUCCCUCCUGCUCUAUGCUUGGAGGAGCGACAAGAAGUGAUCAAUCAUCAUCUCUCCAUUGACGACGACUCUUGCAGGAUGACCAAUUGUGCUUCCUAAGAACCAAGUAUGAAGCCCGGUGAAAUCGAUCUGCUCUCCUCACUGCCUGAUUUUUCAAGGAAACGCAUCCAUGGACGAGGUCUACGCAACUCUGUCAUCCACCGCCCGUAUCCGCGAUUUUCCGCCGUAGUGAACAGUCGACAUCUGUAAUUUUUUGGAACAAAUGAUCUUUGAUUUUUCUUUACUUUUUCCUGUUGAAUGCCUUUGUGAAAUUGAGGUUCAAGGAUUGAAUUCAUUUCCAA